UUUUUUCUGCCUUAAGCUGGGGCACUAGGUGGCCUUAAAAAGAAAUCUUUCACUCCUCAAAAGUAGGCAUCUCAAUUUUCUCCCAUUGAGUUGCUGGCUAGAUCAUUUCAAGAUGGCUACCACCACCACAGUAACCAAGAGAGGCGCCGCCGUGGCCUCAAUCAAGCUGCCUGAGGAUGACAGCCGCUUCCCGGAUAUCAACACCAUUCGGGCUGCCAUCCCUAAGCAUUGCUUUGAGCCCAAGGUGUCCAUCUCCAUGGCCUAUCUGUUUCGCGAUGUUGCCAUGAUUGGCGCUCUUGGCUGGGCCGCCAUUACUUACAUCCCCGCCAUUGAGGAUUCCACCCUCAGGACCAUUGCCUGGAUUGUCUAUGGCUUCGUUCAGGGCCUCAUUGGCACUGGUCUUUGGAUCCUGGGCCACGAGGCUGGUCACGGUGCCUUCUCCAAGCACGCUUCAUUGAACCACGUCGUUGGCUUUUUGUCUCACUCCACUCUCCUGGUCCCGUACUACUCCUGGAAGUUCUCUCACCACCGUCACCACAUGUACACCGGCCACAUGGAGAAGGACAUGGCUUUUGUUCCCAGGACCAAGGCUGACUACGCUAAGCGGAUCCUGUCCGCCUUUGAGAUGUUUGAGGAUACUCCCAUCUACCAGCUGAUUGCACUGCUCGCUCACCAGCUUCUCGGAUGGCAGAUGUAUCUGACCUUCAACAUCUCCGCCGGUUCAGGCAGUCUUCAGAGGCCCGCAUCCAACCUCUUGGGCAAGAGCCACUUUGGACCCAGCAGUGCCGUGUUCCGUCGCAGCGAGGCUCCUUUCAUCUUCUUGUCUGAUGUUGGCAUCUGCAUGAUGCUCUUCGCUUUGUACAAGCUCGCUGGCGUGGUUGGAACGAGCACAGUGCUGCUGGCUUAUGCCCAGCCUUAUUUCUGGGUUCACCACUGGCUGGUCGCCAUCACUUACCUGCACCACACCCACAUGGAGGUGCCGCAUUAUGAGGCCGAGAACUGGACCUUCGUCAAGGGCGCCCUCGCAACCGUGGACAGAGAAUUCGGCUUUGUUGGCCGCCACCUGUUCCACUGCAUCAUUGAACACCACGUUGUUCACCACCUUUUCCCCCGCAUUCCUUUUUACUAUGCUGGAGAGGCCACCGAGGCAAUUAAGCCUGUCCUCGGCGAUUUGUACUACCGCGAUGAGAGAUCCUUCGUUGGACAGCUCUGGACCAACUUUACCAAGUGCAAGUAUGUCGUGAAGGACGAGUCAUCUCCUGGAGCUCUCAAGUGGGCGCAAUGAUUCGCAUCAAGUUUUUUAUUGGCUCAGUAGAAGUUACGGAAGUAUUGGUGAUAAAAUUCGGAUAGAACAUGGAAUAUGGGGUACGGGGUCGGAAUUUCUGCAGUGAUUAGAGUUAUUCUUAGAUGAUGGGUCGGAUUUGCGUUCUUGUUCGCUGAUAGACAAUGGAUUAGACUUGAGGGGGGUAUAUGAUAUAGAGAGAUGCGGUUAUUAUACACCGUGAUAGAUUUAGAAUAACACAGUGC